UGUUGCGCUCGGACACAGAGACAUGCGGGCACAUGUGACAUGUGGCGACGCGUAAUUUGCGCAUUUGGAGACAGAUGCGCACGGCCAACGCGCUGCACGGAUUUUUCUUUUUCCAUAUUAUCUCAUGCUGUUUUUUAAUCUCUGAAAUAUUUUCCCACGCCUGAUGUCGCUGGAGUGAGUCCAGGGAUGCUGCGGCUUGUCUGGCUGCCGGAGUGCCGCCGCGCAAACAGGGGCUGCGCCCUCCAGAGCUGCUGAGCGGCGGGCUGAGGAGGCUCGGAUCAGGCCGUUUCUGCGCCUUUUGCGCCUUGCAGCAGGUGACAGCCCGCCAUGGGUCCCUGCUCCUAGGAUAUUUCCACAUCUGCUGCGUUGACGGGGGACCGCGCUCCAUCCAGGGCUGCGACAUGGGGAACAGCUUCUCCAAUCUGGCCGCCUUCCAGUCCCUGCACAUCGUCAUGCUGGGCUUGGACUCUGCGGGCAAAACCACCGUGCUGUACCGGCUGAAAUUCAACGAGUUCGUCAACACGGUGCCCACCAUCGGCUUCAACACGGAGAGGAUCCGGCUGGGCGGCGGCGGCGGCGGAGGGGCCUCCAGGGGCAUCAGCUGUCACUUCUGGGACGUCGGCGGGCAGGAGAAGCUGCGGCCCCUCUGGAAGCCCUACAGCCGCUGCACCGACGGCAUCGUGUACGUGGUGGACUCGGUGGACGCGGAGAGGCUGGAGGAGGCCAGGACGGAGCUGCACAAGAUCACCAGGUUCUCGGAGAACCAGGGGACGCCGCUGCUGGUCAUCGCCAACAAGCAGGACCUGCCCCGGGCGCUGGAUGUCGGGGAGAUCGAGAGGCAGCUGGCCCUGGCCGAGCUCAGCCCCUCCACCCCGUACCACGUCCAGCCGGCCUGCGCCAUCAUCGGAGAAGGUCUGGAUGAAGGCAUGGACAAACUGUACGAGAUGAUCGUGAAGAGGAGGAAGUCGCUGAAGCAGAGGAAGAAGAGGCAGUGAUGUUCGGGCUGGCCUUAAUAAUCCCGUGAUGAGGAAUAUUAAAGGGGAACUGUAGGGAUUUUCUAGAGAUUAAACAAAUAGACUGUUAUAAAGUACAAUAAGGUCACUGUAAACUAUUUUGAGUGCCACGCACAAGAGGCUCCUAUGAAAUAUCAUAAGAAUAUUAUAGGAGUAUUGUAGUGAUGCCAUAGGACAUAAAAAAAUAUCAUAAAGUUUGAGUGGGUUUGAUCACCACAGACACACUUCCUAUAGGAUUAUUAUCAUAGUGGGACUUUUGUGUUAUAAAUACCAUAAAUUACAUUAAGGUCACUAAAUAGGAGAAUUACAGUCAGAGGUGUGGUGGAGGGUGAAUCCACCCAAACUCACCUCCAAAUGUACUCACCUUUUUAUCUGCAGGUUACAGUUAAGCCACCAUAUUUGGCUGAUAGAAAUAUUUAUGAACAAAAUGCAUAUUGUAAAUGAUGAUUGGAGUGGUGGAAUUUACAU